ACUACUAUAGCCUAGCUAGAGCCAGCUGCUUGCCUCGCCCUCCCCUUUGCGCGUCGUCGCGCUCCUCGCCGUCCCCCUCUCUCGGAAUCGGAAGGCGAUCGAUCGCACAAGGCUGCGUCUGCGUGCUCGGCCGCCGCCCGACCCGACCGGACAAGGAGGGGAGGGGGCAAAAAAAAUAUAUAGUUAGUCACACGCACGCAGCACAGGAGGGAGGAGAGGGAUUGAGGGAUAAAGAAAUUUCGGGAGACAAGGAGAGAGAGACAGAGAUGGAGAGGAGCGGCUGGACUCGGAGGCAGGCCUUUCACUACUCCCGCACCCAGAUAACGAUGUGGUAGCUAGUUCCUCUUAGGCUAAGGAAGGAGGUCGUGGCCGGGAUCCCGCCGAUGAUGAUGACAGUGGCGCCGCCGGCAUGGGCGUAGCGGCGCCACCGUACGAGACCACCACGUACGUGAGCCAACGCACCAAGAUCAACAUCGCAGCGAUCUCCGCCGCCGCCGCCACCAGGGCGGCUACCGCGGCUUCUAUGUCCCACUCGCAGGGAUUCCACCAGGGCAGCGCCGGCGUCUACGGCUACUCCUCGGAUGGCUUCGACCGCCCGGACGACUCCGGCCACCAGGACCAUCAUCAGCAGCAGCAGCACGUGGCGCAGCAGAGCCGCCGCGACAAGCUGAGGGUGCAGGGGUUCGACCCGGCCGCCGGCGGCGGCCACGGCCUGCUCCCCAUCGAGGGCGACGAGCAUGGCGGGCCCGGGUCCAUGUACGAGCACGCGGCGGCCGCAGCUGGGGCCUCCAACAUGCUCUCCGAGAUGUUCAACUUCCCCGCGCCGCCGUCGGGGCCCUCCGCCACCGAGCUGCUGGCCAGCCAGAUGGGCGCCAACUACCGCUUCGGGGGGCUACGGCAGCAGCAGCAGCAGGGGCCCGGAGGGGUGGUGGCUGGCUUGUCCGGCGACGGCGGUUGGUUCGUCGGGGCCGGCGCGGCGGGUCGUGCUGCUGGCUUGGUCCUCGGUGGUGGGGCCAACAUGGGGUCGUUAGGUGAAACGUCGUCCCCGAAGCAGCAGGGCAGCAUGGCUGGGCUGGCCACCGACCCGGCCGCCGCGAUGCAGCUCUUCCUGAUGAACCCGCAGCAGCAGCAGCAGUCCAGAUCGUCGCCGCCGUCGCCGUCGGACGUCCAGGUCCAGCACCACGAGGCGGCGUUCCAGGCGUUCGGAAACGCCGGGGCCCCGUUUGGCGGCGGCGCCGGGACCGGCGUCGUGGAAGGCCAGGGGCUGUCCCUGUCGCUGUCGCCGUCGCUGCAGCAGCUGGAGAUGGCGAAGCAGGCCGAGGAGCUGAGGGUCCGGGACGGCGUGCUCUACUUCAACCGCCAGCAGCAGCAGCAGCAGCAGCAGCUGCCGAUGGCAUUGCACGGCCAGGUCGGCGCGCUGGGGCAGCAGCUGCACGUCGGCUACGGCCCCGCCGGCGUCGCGGGCGUGCUGCGCAACUCCAAGUACACCCGCGCGGCGCAGGAGCUCCUCGAGGAGUUCUGCAGCGUCGGGCGCGGGCAGAUCAAGGGCGGCGGGCGAGGGGCCUCGGCGUCUAACCCUAACAACAACCCGGGCAACAAGGGCGGCGCCUCCAGCUCCGGCGCCGCCGCGCAGUCCCCGUCGUCCGCGCCCAACAAGGAGCCCCCGCAGCUGUCCCCCGCCGACCGGUUCGAGCAGCAGCGCAAGAAGGCCAAGCUCAUCUCCAUGCUCGACGAGGUGGACCGGCGGUACAACCACUACUGCGACCAGAUGCAGAUGGUGGUGAACUUCUUCGACUCGGUGAUGGGGUUCGGCGCGGCGACGCCGUACACGGCGCUGGCGCAGAAGGCAAUGUCGCGGCACUUCCGGUGCCUCAAGGACGCCAUCGCGGCGCAGCUGCGGGCCACGUGCGAGCUGCUGGGCGAGAAGGACGCCGGCACCAGCUCGGGCCUCACCAAGGGCGAGACGCCGCGGCUGCGCGCCAUCGACCAGAGCCUCCGCCAGCAGCGCGCCUUCCACCACAUGGGGAUGAUGGAGCAGGAGGCAUGGCGGCCCCAGCGCGGCCUCCCCGAGCGCUCCGUCAACAUCCUCCGCUCAUGGCUCUUCGAGCACUUCCUCCACCCGUACCCGAGCGACGCCGAUAAACACCUGUUGGCGAGGCAGACCGGGCUGUCCAGGAACCAGGUCUCCAACUGGUUCAUCAACGCCCGUGUCCGGCUAUGGAAGCCCAUGAUCGAAGAGAUGUAUCAGCAGGAGUGCAGGGAGCUCGACGGCUCCUCGGCCGGCGGCGGGGGCCCCGAGUCCGUCAACGACCCCUCCGGCGCCGACGACUCGCACUCCCCGACCACCACCGGCGCAGCGCAGCUCCCGCAACAGCAACAUCACCUCGGCACGGUGCCUGGGGUGAUGCCCCACAAGCCCGACCCGGGCGCCGCCGGUCCCUCGGCUGCGGACGCGGCGUUCGUCGGGAUCGACCCUGUGGAGCUCCUUGGCGGUGGCGCGGACGACUUGUACGGGCGGUUCGAGCCCGGGGUGAGGGUGCGCUACGGGCCCGCUGCGGCAGGCGCUGCUGCCGGCGACGUGUCGCUGACGCUGGGCCUGCAGCACGCCGGCGCCGGCAACGCCGCCGGGCCCGACAGCACCGGGCGGUUCUCCUUGAGAGACUACAGCGGUUGUUGAUGCUUACACAUCGCUUACAUCACCUUUAUUCAUGGCUCAUGCAUGCGCCCAUCAUGCAUUUGGAAGAGCAAGGAUCGACGAAAGAAA